GAAGAGGUAUACCACAAAAGAUCAAAAUAAUGGUCCAAAUCUUACAAAAAAAAAGUUAUGUGGUGGUCCUGAAUAGAUUCAAAAUGGCAACUGUGGUCGAUUUACGGCCUAUGAAUGUCACUACACUUUAACUUUUGUUACAGUUAGAAUAAAUAUAAGUACCGUACACAUGAAGCAGAGCAAUGAAGUCGCAGUAGUCGAGGGCACACGCAAUAUGCCACCAGAAACCACACUACUUUGAAGCAGUUGAAGUUUGAUAGCCACCGACAGUCCGCCAGUCUCUAACCAAAGCGACGCUGCUAAAAAAAAUGACAGGAAACAGGCAGCACGGCUUAUGAGGAAUAAAACGAACUGUCAAACGAGAGACAGUCAACUCGAUCGAGAAUUUCUUUUUUGUGUGAGAAGUCGUCGGGUGCACAUCGCGAGUCAACCGCGGACGGAGUUACUUCUUGAAGAGCCGGCGAACGAUCAAGCCAACUACGGACAAAAUCCCGCUGAGGCAUUAAGGAGAGAAAACCAAGAAAGGCCCUCCAGAGAGGGCUCUUUUUUCCUGUUUCUUUUCCUGUUUUUGUGCUGUGGUGCGGUGUUCCAAGUUUCGGCGGCGUCGGAUUCGAACGGACUGUUCGGAAACGUGCAAGUCGGCACGGGAAGGACUGGAGCGGCUUUGAGGAUUGAUAGCUGGGAGCGGUGGCGGGCUGGUGUUGCUGGACGGACGCCGCGAAGACCGGAUGGCAGUCAAGUGAGCUAGAUUAAGCAACGUGGGGUCGCACGGAGCGCGAAAUGCUCGGCGACAAAAGUUGACAGGGAUUGAAAAGCAUAGGAGAUUAGAGCGGGAAGGGAUGAAGAAGGAAGGAAAAUACACAGAAGUUGUUGUUUAAGUAGA